AUGUCGGACUUUGUUUUUCGAAGUUCGGCAUGUUUUUAUGAACCAGCCAGUAAACCGAAGAACAACAAGCUCUCCAGUCUGAAGUCCCGCCACAACCAAAUCUCCAGAAGCAGCAACGGCAGUCACUGGUUCAUCCAACUUCAAUUGCGCUUUUGGUGCUCCUUCAGCACUCCAAACAAUAACUUUCUGGUCUCGAGCCACCGUGACAAAGUGUUGAUCAUCAAUCCAAUCGCAAGCCCACAAAAUUCGUGUAUGUUCUUUUCCAGAAGUCCAGACACAUUCAUAGUCGAAACCAUUGACAUCUCCCGUCUUCUCCUUAUACAACUUUGCAGUUCUGUCUCUGCUUACAGUCAGAAGAAUAGUUCCCGAUGGAUUCCACGCGAUCUGUGUAACUGUCAACUGAUGGCCAAUGAUAUCCGCCCUUUUCGACCAAUCCGCGGUGUUCCAGAGCAUCACUACAGAGUGCUCCGUGUGACUCGACUUGCAAGCAGUAGCCAAAACCGUUCCAGUGGGCGAAUGCUCUCGUUGUCUGAUCCUGUCCAACUGACAUCAAGAAUGACUCAUGCCAAUCGACAUCUCGAACUUCUCCAACAUGACCGCCGGUCAUCGGGAGUGACGACCAGAACGUCUUCUGGUCAUCAGAAGACUUCCAGGCGUGGAGACCACCAAAAUAAUACACGUUUUAUCACUCGACGCCGUCAACAAAACUCGUCCAUUCUCACUCCAAACCGUCGAAUGAACCCAGUCAUCGUGUCCCUGCAUUACUGCAUGCGAACUACAACGGAGUGUGGAGUUGUUGAAAGUGAAGAGAUUCGCAGAAGACGUCAGCUCAUCUGGAGUGUCAGUGUCUUCGUCGAGCAGGGCUGCUGGAAUUUUCGGAGGUUCUGGGUGGGUAGCGGACUCUGGUUCGAUAGACCACAGUCUGACAUAAGUGUCCUGUCCAGCAGAGGCAACUAA